CAUAAUCUCACCUGCAGCAACAUGAGAGCAUGGUUUGUGAGAGCAAUCGCCUAUAAUAAGCAGCACAGAUUGCUAUUAACUGAUAUUAUUGCGAUAAACAUGUCGACCGAAUAUCAGCAACAGAAAAUCGCAACAAAAAUUUGAAGAAAGACAAAAUAGCGUUGGUGGCGCGCAAUGAACUGCCGCACAAAUGUCACGUAAUUGAAUGUGCAAUAUGGCUUAAUGCCAUCGAAGCAUAUUUAAACAAAUCUUCUCAGCCAAUUGAUCACAGUCAGUUAACGGUGCUCUUGCCUUGAGAACACAAUAACAUAACAUAUACGAGGCAUACGACGCAAGAAGUGAACAAGUUCCCCAAGCUAAAGCAGCAGCAUCCCCCAGUAAACGAGAAGCGACGCAAUGAACCGCUUUCAACACCUGCUCUAUGUGUGCGCUAUUGCAAUGAUUGCAUGCAGCACGACAGCCUAUGCUUCACAUGGCUCACAAGGAUCGGCUGGCGGUUAUGGUAGCGGUGGAGGCGCUGGUGGCGCUAGUGGCGCUGGCGGUAUCAGUGGUGAUGCGCUUAGUGGCAUCAUUCAGGGCAUUGGCUCGGGCUCAAUCCAAGGUGAUGGCAAUGGUGUGCCCAGUCCAUGCGGUAAAAUCUUGCCCGCCCAAAGCAUUCCCUACUCGCUUGGUCACCGCGCCAAUACGGUUAGCUCUUCGAUCACCUACCCACAAAACAAAGGUGAGAUCCUUAUCCAUCGUCCCGCUGCAAUCAUUGUCAAGCGCCCACCCACCAAGGUGUUGGUCAAUCAUCCUCCACUAGUUGUGAAACCCGCACCAGUUGUCUUGCACAAACCCCCAGCAGUUGUAUUGCGCAAGGUCUAUGUUAAGCAUCACCCACGUCCAGUUAAGGUGGAGCCUGUGUAUGUUAACGUUGUCAAGCCACCAGCAGAGAAAUAUUUUGUUAAUGAGAAACAACAAGCUGCUUAUAGCAGCGAUGGUUAUGGUGCUGCUGCUGGAGCCGGCGCUGGUGGUAAUGCUGGCAGCUCUCAUGCUGAAACCGCUGGUUACCAUCUGUUGCAAGGUAGCCAAGGAUUAGCAGCUUUGGCCAAUAUCGCCAAUGCUGGACAAGGCACCUAUGACGGCGGUAAUGCCGGACAAGAUGCAUAUGGCGCUAGUGCCGCCCCACAAGAUGAAUACAACGCCGGUAGCUCAGCACAAGGCAGCUAUGCUGCAGCAGCUCCUCAAUACUAAAAUUUCUAUUUCAUAGAGAAUUGGUUGAGGUUAUUACCUCCAUUUUAGGGUAAGGAGUUAAUUCACAGAGAAGAGAAAAAUCUGUCCUCAGAUCGAAAGGUUAAUAAAACCUGUAAAUUUUUUUAUACUGUGCCAAAGAGAGCCAAUAAAAUGUUUUUUAUGAAAAUUUGAA